AGUUAGUGACAAUGUGCUUAGGAUGUACCGGUUUAUUGAAAUGCAUUCAAAUAAUAUAUACAUAUAAUACAUUGAAAAUACAAACUUUAACAAAUAAAAAUUAAGUUUUUCUAUUAAUUUAAUAUUGAUAAUUUUGUUAAAAAAUUUCAAAUAUAUAAUUUUUAUUUAUAUAAUUAUAAUGAUCAUAAAGAAUGUUAGUAAAUUAGUUGAAUUCUACAGUGUUUUUCCUCGUUUUUAAUGAUAUAAAUGUACAAAGUAAAUAAAAAAAAAAAUAAAUGAUUUUAAUUACGAUGUUUGAUUUAUAUAUUAAAUUAUAAAAAUUUAAUUUUAUGUUUUUUUUCACAUUUGGCUGAUUUUAUAAAAAAAUUUAUUGGUUAUAUUUCCUAACCUUUAUUUAUAUUGAUAAUAAUUGCAUAUAAUAAUCUAUAUAUCGAAGUUUAUUUUAUUUUGUAUUUUAUAAAUAAAUAAAUAAUUAAAGAUGUUUGAAGCACACAGUAUUAAUGCUGAACAUAAAGAUUUGAUCCACGAUAUCGCUUACGACUUUUAUGGACAACGAAUGGCAACGUGUUCUAGUGAUCAAUUUGUAAAAGUCUGGGAUGAAGAUGAACAUGGAAAUUGGCAUUUAACUGCAUCUUGGAAAGCACACAGUGGAUCUGUAUUUAAAGUAACAUGGGCACAUCCAGAAUUUGGUCAAGUUUUAGCAACAUGUUCUUUUGAUAGAACAGCAGCUGUAUGGGAAGAGAUAGUUGGAGAAGGAUCAGGACCAGGAGAACGUGGUAUGCGACAUUGGGUUCGAAGAACAAAUCUAGUAGAUUCUAGAAAGACUGUUACAGAUGUAAAAUUUGCACCUAAAACUUUAGGACUUUUGUUAGCUACUUGUAGUGAAGAUGGAGUAAUUAGAAUAUAUGAAGCUCCUGAUGUUAUGAAUUUAAGUCAAUGGACUCUACAACAUGACAUUAGUUGUAAACUUCAAUGUAGCUGUCUAUCAUGGAAUCCAUCUCUUUCAAGAUUACAUCCUCCAAUGAUAGCAGUUGGAAGUGAUGAUCCAAAUCCAUCAUCUGAAGGAAAAGUUUUUAUAUACGAAUAUUCUGAAAGUAGUAGAAGGUGGACAAAAACACAAACAUUAUCCAUUGUUGAUCCUGUUCAUGAUAUUGCAUUUGCUCCAAAUUUAGGUAGAAGUUUUCACACAUUAGCUAUUGCAUCAAAUGAUGUACAAAUAAUUACAUUAAAACCUACAUUGGAUAGUGCACAAAGUGGUUCAUCACGUUUUGAAAUUAACAUAGCAGCACAGUUUUCUGAUCAUAAUCCUACUGUAUGGCGAGUGUGUUGGAAUAUUAUGGGAACUAUUUUAGCAAGUUCAGGAGAUGAUGGUUGUGUUCGAUUAUGGAAAGAUAAUUAUAUUAAUAAUUGGAAAUGCGUUGCUGUUUUGAAAGGUGAUGGCACCUCUGCUCAAAGUGCUGAAACUUCUAUAGCAGCAACACCGCCUAAUCAUUCAACAGGAAUACAACAAACAUCUUCUACAACAAGGUACUACAAAUUGGGUUCCAUCAGUCAUCCAAACCAAGUGCCUUGGCAUUAGAAAAAAUGAUUUAUUUUUUAACAUACUUAAUAGUUUUAUUAUUUCAUAUAAUAAGUCAAAAAUUUUGAAAAAUAUUGGAUUUAUAUUUAUAUAAUAAAAAUAUUAACUAUUCUUAUUUUUGAACAAAUAUUUUGUAUUUUUAAUAAUCAAAUCAAUUUAUAUUAAUAAUAUACUAAACAAUUAUAAUUUCAUAGCAUUGCACAUUAUUUUAUUGUUUUAGUAAUUUGUAUUUUUUUUGUUAAAUAAUAUAAUUAUAAAAUAAGUGUUCUACUA